AGUUAAAAAAAAGCCCGUCCCCAGGUAUUUUACGGUUUACGACUGGAGUAAAGCACACAUAAACAACCGUCUCUUUGUCUGAUUAGCUCUUCUUCCUUCUCUGUAUUACUUUUUUUGUGCAUAUACACAUGCAGUGAGUACAAUUAGAUUCCUGAAAUUAAAUCUCUCGUAAGCUUAAACCUAGGGUAUCGUUUCCAAAGCUACAGUCUCUGUGAUUCAAUUGAGGUUUUCUCAGUCUUAGGGUUUCAGUAGGUUGUGGUUGAGAUUCCGCGGUUGAAUUUUGAGGUGUUGUUUUUAAGUGCAUUUGGUAUGGUAUAUGCUAGAGGAGCUAAUAGUUGGCGAAUGGUAACUCAGUCUUGGUUAUAGAAAAACUUUGUAAUUGGAUUUCUUUGAUUGAUUUAUUAAAGAGCAAGGAUAAAGAAUCCCAAUUGAAUUGGGAAUUUAGUUUUGUGGUUCUUGCAAAUAAGAAUUGGGUAGCGAGUGAAUGCCUGUCUAUAUAAGGAUCAAAGGCUAGAUUUUUAUUUUUGUUGUUUAGGGAUUAAUAAUGGCUUCCUACAGGCCUUUUCCUCCACAAUCCACAUUCCCAACACCUCCAACACAACCACCACAGCAGCAACAGCAGAGGCCACCUAAUCAGUACACUCAAAACUACAACCAAAUGGCCCAACCAGCUACAGCACCACCUCCAGCAGCAGCUUCUUCUUCUACAUUCCCGCAAAACUACCCCCAGCAGAAUUUCUCACAACAUUACCCUCCUCCGCGUGCUCCACAACCACCGCCACCACCACCACCUCACCAACAAUAUCCUUAUCAGCCGGCCCCUCCUCCACCGCCACCAGAAUCAUCCUACCCUCCUCCACCUCCACCACCUGCACCAGCACAACAACAGCAACCGCCUCCUUCUAUGUACUACCCGCCUUCACAAUAUUCUCAGUAUGGCCAUCAGACAUUGCAGCAGCCAAUGCAGCCACCACCACCCCCGCCUCCAUCUUCUCCUCCUAGUUCCUCAGUACCUCCCCCACCACCCCCCACUUCCCCACCCCCGCCUCCUCCAAAGGACAGUGGAUUAGAUAGGGAUAGAAUGGUGUCUAAGGAAAGGAGAGAACAUGGGCAUUCCAAUCAUAGUGAUUUAGCUAAACAAAAGCAACAGAAGCUGCCAGUUCCACCUGGAGGCAAGAAGGUGAAUGGGCCGUCAGGGAGGGUGGAGACAGAGGAGGAAAGGAGGUUAAGGAAAAAGAGGGAGUAUGAGAAGCAAAGGCAAGACGAGAAGCAUAGACAGCAGCUGAAAGAAUCUCAGAACACUAUUCUGCAAAAAACCCAGAUGUUAUCUUCUCAGAAGGGGCAUGGUUCCAUUGUUGGGUCAAGAAUGGGGGAUAGGAGAGCCACUCCAUUAUUGGGUGGGGAAAGGAUUGAAAAUAGGUUGAAGAAACCAACGACGUUCUUAUGCAAAUUGAAAUUCCGUAAUGAACUUCCUGAUCCAAGUGCUCAACCAAAGCUUAUGACUUUGAAGAGAGAUAAAGAUCGAUUUACAAAAUACACAAUAACAUCAUUGGAGAAAAUGUAUAAACCCCAAUUAUUUGUGGAGCCAGAUCUUGGGAUACCUCUUGACCUGCUUGAUCUCAGUGUCUACAAUCGUCCUAGUGGUAGACCAUCUCUUGCUCCAGAAGAUGAGGAAUUAUUGCGUGACGAUGAAUCUGUUACCCCUGUGAAAAGAGAUGGCAUCAAAAGAAAGGAACGGCCCACUGAUAAAGGUGUUUCUUGGCUGGUCAAAACACAAUACAUUUCUUCUCUAAGCAUGGACUCGGCCAAACAGUCUCUUACUGAAAAACAAGCAAAAGAAAAGCGAGAAAUGAAAGUAGGCCGUAACCUUUUGGAGAACCUUAAUAAUAGGGAGAGUCAAAUCAAGGCAAUUGAAGCAUCAUUUGAGGCCAGCAAGUUACCCCCUGUCCAUGCGACCAAUAAAAAGCUAAAGCCUGUUGAGAUUCUACCAUUGCUACCUGAUUUUGAUCGGCAAGGAGAUAAAUUUGUGAUGGUGACAUUUGAUAAUUCUCCUACUGCUGACUCAGAGACUUAUAGUAAGUUGGAUCAAUCUGUUCGUGAUGCCUGUGAAUCAAAGGCUGUUAUGAAAGCUUGUGUGGCAACAGGCUCAGAUCCGGCCAAAUCUGAAAAAUUUUUAGCAUACAUGGUCCCUUCUCCUAAUGAGCUAUCAAAGGAUAUGUAUGAUGAAAGUGAGGAUCUCUCGUAUAACUGGGUUCGGGAGUACCACUGGGAUGUACGUGGUGAUGAUGCUAAUGACCCGACGUCAUUCCUUGUUUCAUUUGAUGAUGAAGCAGCUCGCUAUGUGCCUCUUCCCACAAAGAUCAAUUUAAGAAAGAAGCGGGCUGAGGGAAGAUCUGGAGACGAAGUUGAGCAUUUUCCAGUGCCAGCAAGAGUGACAGUGAGGCGGAGGGCAACUGCUGCUGCAAUAGAAAUCAGAGAUAUGGGGGUUAAUCCAAAUUCAAGGGUUAAUACCCUGAAUUCAAGGAAUGGAGCCUCUGAUGAUGAUGAUGGCCUUGGAAGGCUGCAUAGGGUUGCUCGAGACCAGGAUAUGGACCAUUAUAGUGAAGCAGAAGAUGACUUGUCUGAAUGAUUGGUCCUAAUGCAAAUGCUGCAACCAGAAGAAAGUUUCCGAACUUUUAUUUUAUAGAUGGUGCAGAAAUAUUAUCCCAUGUACAAGCCAACCAUUCGAAAUAUACAUGUUUUUUUUUUUUUUUUUU